AUGGAGGAGAAACUCGCCGCAGAGAUCGCCCGAAUCAUGGACAACACGGAGGUCCAGCCCAACAGAAAGCUCGACAGGCUUGUCAACUUCUUGAAAGAAUCGCAACUGGCCUACACCACCACCUUGAGGCCAGCAGAGCUACUGGUUCAUCCUCACAAUCGCGGAGGCAGGAUGCUCAAUCCGCUGGAUGUCCAUAGCAAAGGACAAAAGCUUUUGGAUCUUGGUUUCAGACCUUCGCUGCUCACGGACUCGAUCGCGAUCGAACUUUCUCCCCUAGAAGACAAGCGGAACGAGCAAAUCCGGGCGAACACGGACUUGAGUGAGAGGUCCAACGGGCUGUUGUCACCGGUCUUGGGGUCGGAAAGAGCCAUGACGGUGAGCUCCUCACACACCACUGCCUAUUUAAAGGCAUCCUUGAUGAAGUGCAAACGACCCAACUCGGGAGGCAGCCUCAGCCUGGAGGAUGAGUGCAUGCGAGAUGCAGUGAAUCAGGGGUGGCCCUGGCUCCUGAUUUCUUGGCGGGCAGAGGCCAUGGCCCCCAACCUCCCAGCCUUCGUCCAGAUGGUUUUGAAUUCGGUUCAUUCGGUAGGCCUAGCCUGCCAAGAAAUCGAAGCUGCACAGCAAGUUGCUUUGAUGUGCACGUCUGGCUCCACGGUGAAGGAUGCCGUGAACUCAGUCAAGGAUUUGGCCCUUACUGUUGCAGUAGGAGAGGAAACUUUUAAGGCCAUUACGGCUUGGGAUCUGCAGGAGCCCUCGACUCAGUUCCCAUUGCUGCGAUCUGGACCGCCUCAAAAGCGCCCACCUCCGACAGCCCUCCUUCAAGCUGAGCAGAUUCUGGAGCACGGAUACCAGGUCUAUCGAGAUGCAGGUGAAACCCCAGCAGUGCAGCGAGCACUCGGCCGGAUGACGGUGCGACUUUCUUUGCUCCUCACUAAGAAGGAGAAGUAUGGUCGGGAGAAGGUUAUGUAUGAGUCUCAGGAGAAGGUGGCCCAGCUCUUCGCUACCGAAGCUUUGAACACGAACCCAUCGGGUGCUAGCUCUGCUGGCGGGAGCGAAGCGGAUGAGAAUCGGGAGGAGGACCGGCCCCUGAAUCUCUUGGGUGGCAUGAGUGUAGGGGAGCAAGCUUUGCUGCAGAACCCGCACUUGAAGAAGGAUGGGAAGUACGUGCAUGCGGACUACCCAGACAAGAUCUUUGUUUUCGCUGGGCUCGAGAAUGACGAGGCCAAGUUCGUGCACACCCCCUUGUUUGCCUCGCCCGACAUCGUUAUGACAUCGCCAGAGCACUUCAAGAAGUGGAAGGUCACUCGCCUCCCAGUGCCGAGUGUGUUGGCUGCGGACGAAUCCGUUAAGUUCACCUACGGUGGCAGUGCUGUCUUGAACGAUGCGAAGAUCUUGGCGGAUGGGCAGCAGCAGCUUUUCCAGAUCUUCGCAGACCAGAACACCGGCGAUUCUUCAUGCUUGCAUUUCAUCCACCCUACGGCGGCGUACACCUCGGAGAGCUUUGCGAAGGAGAAGCUUCGCUUCAUUCCUCUGGCGAACAUGACGAGAGCCAAAGAAGGGCAGAAGCUCAGUCUAUGGGUCGAAUGGAAUGGCAACAAGUACCAGUUGUCUCCUUUUCCGCAGUUGAAGGAUUUCGGGGAGCAGCCGAAGAAGACUGAUACCAUCGUGCCCUUCUACUGGAUCAAGACCACGUCCUCGGAGGAAGAGGUCAACAUGGUUGUGCAGUGGAAAACCAUCGCCGGCAUGAAAUUGCCCAUGCUCGUCAACAACAAGAAGGUGGCCAAGCACACGAUGCUCAUGCAAGCCUCGAAGGAGCUGCUGCAGAAGCAGGAGAAGGAGAAGGGUUCCUUGAAGAGGAAGGCUACCUGA